GUCGCUCAGUCAAUCUGUUUGCUCACCGCAGUCUGAACCCUUUGCGUUGCCAUGGAAACGCACUGUUUCAUCACUGUGUUUGUUAAACCCACUGUGUUGGCUCAAUGCAGGAGCAAAGAGUUGCAUCUAGACGUGGUGAAGACGGCUUGCUGAAGUUCAAACUGAGCAUCAGAAAGGGGAUGAAAGGGACUAUGAACAUGGUUGUUGGUGACAGACGGGCUGGAUUUCAAUCUACUGGGAGUUUCACGCACAACCUUCUCGAAGGUUUACAGAGACAGGCCGAACAAGAGAAAAUAUCCAGUGGGCGGCAGUCGUGUGGACGAAAAUGCCUCGUUGAUGUCAAAGGUCAGAGGAGAAUGGGCCGAGUGGUUGAAGAUGAUAGAAAGGCAACAGCGACUCAAAUAACCACUCGUUACAACCAAGGUAUGCAGAAUACCGUCUGUGAACGCACAACACGUGGAACCGCGACGCAGACGGGCUCCAGCAGCAGAAGACCACACCGGGGGCCUCUCCUGUCGGCUAACAACAGGAAACUUGUCAGAAUUGUCGUAAAGAAUAUGCAUUUUUUUUAAAACAUACCUGUGUAUGUGUCGACAUCGCUCAAAGUAAUUUCAACAAUCUUACAUUUUAAACUAAGAGAAAAUAAUAAUAAGGAUAAUCUUGUAAUGUGGAAUGCAGGUGUGGUGUUGUGAAGGCAAAAGGCUAGAUGAUGAUGAUGAUGGUGAAGGUGGUGGUGAGAGAAAAGGAAGCCAGCCUUAAGUAACCUAAGUAAAAGGGGAAACACAAGAAACACAAGAAACACAAGAGUGAGAAGAGCCACAACUGUGUGCGUGUGACACAAGCCGCUCGAGAUGGCGGUCUACACUGUAACCGUAGCAACGGGUAAAUCUGAGUAUUCAGGCACCAACAACUACAUAUUCGUGACUCUGGUGGGGGAGGAACGGGAGAGUGAACGCACCCUGCUGGACAACCCCGGACUGGACUUCUGCCGUGGAGCGGUGGAUCAGUACAAGGUGACCAGCCCUUCACAUCUCGGCUCCCUGCUGCUGGUUAGACUGGAGAAGCAGAGGUACUGGUUGGAAGAUAACUGGUUCUGUCGCUACGUCACGGUGGAGCCUCCAGGAGGAGACAAAGUGCUGACUUUCCCGUGUUACCGCUGGCUGAUAGGAGACGUCAAGGUGGAGAUAAGAGAGGGAACAGCGAAGACGCUAAGCGACGACUCCGUACCCCAGCUGUUGGCACACAGGAAGAUGGAGCUGCAGGAGAGACAGGCGGCUUACAGAUGGGUAACUUGGUCCCCGGGGAUGCCCAGAUGUAUCGAUGCUGAAACAGAAGCAGAUUUACCUCAAGACGUCCGCUUCGACAACGAGAAGAGGAGCGACUUUGAACAUUCAUUACACUAUGCCUUGCUAGAGCUGUCUCUGAAGAAGCUGGCAAUCAGUUUCGGGAAGUCCUGGAGCGACCUGGACGAUUUCAAACGGAUCUUCUGGAAGCUGCGAAGCCCCAUAGCUGAGUACUGUAUGGAGCACUGGAAGGAGGACGGGUUCUUUGGCUAUCAGUGUAUGAACGGCUCCAACCCAAGGAUGAUCCAGAGGUGCAAGAAGCUGCCAGAGAACUUCCCUGUGGUACCAGACAUGGUGCAGAGCUCCAUGACUCCAAGGACCAACCUGGACAAAGAACUCAAGGCAGGUAAUAUCUACCUGUUGGACUAUGCCAUCAUGGAUGGGGUUCCCACCAACACAAUCAGGGGCAAACCUCAGUACAUCGCUGCUCCACUCUGUCUCCUGUACCAACACCCAGAUGACGGACUCAUACCUAUUGCUAUACAGCUGGAGCAGACUCGGGGCCUGGACACGCCCAUAUUCCUGCCCAAAGACCCGCCCCUGGCCUGGCUAUUGGCUAAAAUGUGGGUGCGUCACUCUGAGUUCCAGGUGUUCCAGCUGCUGUCUCACCUGCUCAGGACUCACCUGGUGAUAGAGGUGUUUUGUGUGGCCACAUUGAGACAGCUGCCUGCUGUGCACCCUAUAUAUAAGAUUAUGUUCUGUGUCUUCCCACUGCAGCUCCUGGCUCCUCAUCUGCGUUACACUCUAGAGAUCAACUGUAGGGGGCGCACUCAGCUCCUCUCGCCAAAUGGCAUCUUCAAAAGGGUUGUCUCUACGGGUGGGGAAGGCCUGGUGGUUCUGGCUCAGAGAGAGUACAAGGUGCUGACCUACCGCUCCCUGCAGCCUCCCAUUGACUUCCCUGACAGAGGCGUCUCCCAGCUUCCAAACUACUUCUACAGAGAACACAGUCUAUUGCUGUGGGAGGCCAUACUCAGUUUUGUUACAGGUAUGGUCGGCCUGUACUACCAGUCAGACCAUGAUGUGCAGGAGGACCUGGAACUCCAAGCCUGGAUCAGAGACAUCUCACAGGAAGGCUUCACAGAACUCCCCAACUUUGGUCUGCCCAGUAAGCUCGGCACCAGAGAGGAACUCUCCACCCUGCUGUCAGUGGCCAUCUUCAGCAGCACCGCCCAGCACGCUGCCACGAACAACGGACAGUUUGACUGGUGUGCCUGGGUCCCCAACACCCCUUGCACCAUGAGACAACCCGCACCAACAGACAAGGAUGCUGUCACCAUGGAGUUGAUCAUGGCCACCCUUCCGGACGUCAGCCAGUCCUGUGUGCAGAUGGCUAUCACAUGGCAUCUGGGGCGGGCACAGCCAGAUGCAAUUCCAUUGGGCCAAUAUGCAGAGGAGCACUUCACUGAGGGGCGGGCCCAGGAGCUGAUUGACAGGUUCACAGCAGAGUUGAAGGAGAUCGAGAAGCAUAUUGCGAGUCAGAAUGAAGGACUGGAGCUUCAGUACCUGUUCCUCCUACCCAGCCGCAUCGAAAACAGCAUCACUAUAUAGAGACUAAAGAUUCUCAUUACAUCGACUGUGAUUUACGGAAGCCCGGAGAGGGCAGAGAGAAGAAAAAGGAAUUAUGUUGUUCCAUUUUCUAAAAGGUCACACACUGUGUACAUUAAUCCGUUUUUUUUCUUCGUGGGAUUAAUUUGCGCUUCAAAAUAUUUUUUUAUAACUUGUGUUAAUCUUUCUUAAAAUAUUACGCUGUGACACAAAUUUCAAUCGGUUUCUUUAUGAGCUUUCGCACUAAAGGCAUCGACCAAUGGCGUUGUGUGGAACGGGCGUGUUCAAUACGUUCACAAUAAUGCACGACAACACGAAGGCUCCGCAGCCCGAACCAAGAUGACAAACUAUUCACCCUUUCACUUCAUCCUCUUGUGGCCGAAAUUAGUAUUACAAUAAUAUUGUAAUACUAUUUUAAAAAACAAAUCUGCUCAAUCUUUUUUCCCCACUUACCUUUCUGUGUUUCCAUAGUGAUUCAAUGUUGUAAAAAACAUAAGGAAGCUAAAAAGUAAAUAAAUAUUUUUCUUUUUCUGAA